AUGGCUGCCAUGAAAAGGCCUGAAGACGUUGCAAGUGUCGACGUCUAUACAGCGAAAGGUCUCCUCAGUAUAGGUCACCGUUAUCUGGAUGUCAGGACGAUUGAGGAGUUCAACAAGAGCCACGUUGAAAAUGCCAUGAACAUUCCUUACAUGCUCAUCACAGAAGAAGGUAGAGUGAAAAACCCUGAAUUUCUCACGCAAAUUUCCUCAACCUUCAAGAAAGAGGAUCACUUGGUCGUGGGUUGCAACAGUGGAGGAAGAGCACUUAAAGCUUGUGUUGAUCUUCUAAAUGAAGGUUUCCAGCAUGUGACCAACAUGGAAGGAGGCUACUCCUCUUGGGUGGACAGUGGACUUGCCAGUGACAAACCAUCCGGCGAGUUGAAAGUCGCUUGCAAAUUCCGCCCUUGA